AAAUUUUGAGGUGACUUUUGUGUAGAAGAUGAAGACUAUGGGGAUGAGAAGGGUACAAGGGAAGGAUGUGGCUAAGAAAGGGAGGAAUACUAUUUUCUCAAGCCGACCUGUACAUAAAUUUUUGAAACGAUCAAGCCACCUUCAACAGCUACGAUUCAAGAAUACACUAGGGUCAAGAAAUCCUGAACUCAGCAUCAAAUUAAGUGAGAACAUUAAAUCUAAGACUCAAAAGAAACUUGAUAUCAAAAAAUUAUUUAAAAUGAACCUCAAAGAUAGCCCUGCUUUGCCACUGCCAUUAAAGACUAGAAGCAAAGUGUCUAAAUUUAAGAUAAUCAGGCUGAAUGGUGGAACUCAGUACAUUGGAAGGCUGAAUAAGAGCCUAUCAGUGAAGGAGAUAGCAUCGACUAUCUCUGCACUAGAGAAUCCUAGCAUCUUACCCACCAGUGAUGUAGUAAUGUUGCCCAUCAGAGAGAGCCAGAUAACUCCAAAGGAUCAAUUUAUGAAGCAUUUCUACAACAACACGAGGAAUUUAAAAUAAGCUGAAUAGGUCUGUCCCUAAGAAGAUUCCUCAGAGCAGUAAGUGAGUGUAGGACUUGUAGAAUUAGAAGCAGAGUCAAGUGAAGAGUCUAGCAUUAAUUCGUUUGAUAAGAGUAGGUUUUAAAGAUUAGGGAAAAAGAGGUUUUAGAGAAAGAGGAGAUAGGUUUGGAGGUGUUUUGAGGGGUUGGAAUUGGGAUUUUGUAGGUUUUUUGGGGUUUUAGGUUUUUGGGAGAGUGGUUUGAGUAGAGUUUUGAAAUGGAAAAUAGGUAGUCCUUGUGAUUUAAGAAGGAAGGUAGAGAAAUAACUUCCUUAAAUUAUUUGCCAAACGAGGAAGUAAACAAUCUCAGUAUCCAAAAUUCAGAUUCAUCACUCCUAUAAUUCUCGAAAAACCUAAACAUCUAAAAGAACCCAGAGAAUCAAAAUUA